UGGGUCUUACCAAGUAGCUGGCCUAACUCUUGCUGUCAAUUUCUCAAAAUCCCUUAAUUAAUUCAUUGCUUAUUUUUGGUCUAUUCUUAAGGUUUAUUCAUGGCACUUCAACCCAAAAUCAUUGCUUGUGGGAACUCCGUCGCCACGUUUGCCAUGGCAGUCAGAUUCAUAACCGGUCCGGCCAUCAUGGCUAUUGCUGGGAUUGCCAUUGGGUUACAUGGCGACCUUCUCCGUAUAGCCAUCGUUCAGGCUGCGUUGCCUCAAGGAAUAGUUCCGUUUGUGUUUGCAAAAGAGUACAAUGUGCAUCCCACGAUUCUUAGCACUGCGGUAAUAUUUGGAAUGUUAAUAGCCUUACCCAUAACUCUGGUCUACUAUAUCCUUCUUGGCCUCUGAAUUGGUCCCUUCAGUUUCAACUGGCUUUUGAGAGCGCCUCGGAGAUUGGGUUCUUUAUUCCUCGGUAACCAGGAAAUAAACAAGUCCUUUAUUUUCGUGGGAAAGAGUGGAAGGUGAAGAAGAAGAUAUGUCUUUGGUUUUUGGUUCCAAUAUUUGUGGAACACAACAAAAGUACUUAGGAUUUAGUGAACAAGAUUUGAAUGGAUUAAGGAUCUUGUCUCCGUUAGACGCCAAAACAUAAACAAAAAAC